CGCGCGGAAUGGACGGUGGCCUGUGGCACGGCGGCGUAGCCGCCCAGCUGAGAUCUGCGCAAUCUCUAGCACAGUCGACACCUCCAUGGCGGAAGACCGUUUUCGAAAUCCUCGCAAGCGUUAGCAGUCUCUACCCGCCCCCUCUCCCACGCCAAAGCGAACGACGCCCUCAUCCCCCCUCGCGCCAUGCGUCUUUUUUCUUGCUGUCGCUGGUACUCGACUUUCACUGUUGUUUCGUUUUGUUUCAUGUUUCCUGUUCAUUUAUAUCACUUGGAGCACUGUUAAGCGCAAUUCUAACGCAGGCAGAUAAUUCACGACUUUACGUCAUUAGCUUUGGCAGAGCACCGAUCCCAUUGACCUAGCUUCCUUCUCUCCCAGAGAUAUGUCCAAUUACACUACCGACGGCUCUCCUAGCCUCGAACCCGUACAUCCCAAGGCCACUCCCACACCCUCGCCACCGCCAUUUAUCCCGACCCCAAUGCAACAUAGAACACUGUAUGGACGCAAGACUCGUUCCAGCCAAGGGGAUAGAGUCUUAGUAGAGAGCAUGUACCCAGACCAGCCAGAUAUAGCCCAGCUAGUCGGUGAACAAGCCCUCAACUCGGAUUCAGAGGACGAGGAGGACUUGAAGAUGAAGGAGGAGGACUUGAAGAUGAAGGAGGAGGACAUGAAAGAGGAAGACACGCCAUUCAUCCCGGAGCAAAAUCGCACACGGCUAGAAAUAGCCAAGCUGACCGACGAGGAGGAUAUGAAAGAGUACAUGAAGGAGGUGGAUUCGCAGAAAGUUGACCGAGCCAUAUGAGCCCAUAGACGAGGAGUUUUCUCGCUGCAGGGAUGGACAAUUCACCCAUCAUUUAAUAGAUGGCUCGAACAAAAAAAAUAUCUGAUUUAUUCUAGUGGGACGUAUUGACUCAUACAAAC